CAAAAAAAAUCCUUUGCAUUUGAUGAGUAUUCCUCCCCCCGUUCCUCGCCGCCGCGAUUUGGAUGCGAGGGAGCUCGCCGCAGAGGCCGAGCCUUCUCUCCGGUCCCCGCCGCGGAAAGGCGCCGCCUUUCGCCUCCCGCCGCCGGGGAUAGGGCGCCGAUGGGCUAGUGGGCCCGCCCUCUCCCUGCGAUCGCCGGCGGCGGCUGCGGGAUCCGCUGCCCGUGCCCUGUCGCUGCUGUAGGCAUCUUCCGGCCCCUUCCCGCUGCUUCUUGAAGAAGCGCCGCCGCGAAGAUCGCGCCUUUGGCUGGUUACUAUCUGGAUCGGGUUUUCUGUUGAUGCAAGUGAAGCGCUGUACAGUUCUUUCUUCCUUUUUUUUUUUUCUGCUGAUGAUCCGAAGUGUUAAUUUGGGAGGAGGUGAAUCCUGCUACAGCUUAUGCUAGAACUAUCUCCGAUUUAGUGUACCUUUGGGGGAGGGGGAGUGAAGAGAUUGGAUUCUGUUUUGCGUUUCCUCUUCGGUGAUUAGCACCCUAACACCGUGCAGGAUUCUAGCUUAUCCAAGAUUUAACCUAUUCGUGCGCCGUUAGCGCAAGUGGUUAGCAAGCAACGUAAAGGUCUGCGAUUUGGUUUUCGAUUUGGAUUGCCGAUUACGGGGGCAUAUCCUAUUGGGAGAUUCCGGCUUGUAAAGAUAUCCUUUGCCCCUGAGUUGAUUUAAUGUUAAUGUUAGUGGUGGUGGGGAGGGCAGAUAAUACGCAUUCUGAUCUGCCUGUCAAGUUGGGGAGGCAGAGAUGGGUUCAUCGCAGGAAUCCACUUUCUCCUCUGCCUCGACGGCCGCGCAAGUGAAUGCCUGCGCUUUGGACCUGCUCCCAGUCUAUGCCAAGGAGCUUAUUGCCGGGGGUGCGGCUGGUGCAUUUGCAAAGACUGCGGUAGCGCCACUGGAGAGGGUCAAGAUCUUACUGCAGACGAGGACUCAAGGGUUUCAAUCCCUUGGUAUCCUGCAAUCCUUGAGGAAGCUGUGGCAGUAUGAGGGAGUUCGAGGAUUCUACAAAGGGAAUGGCGCGAGUGUGCUUCGGAUUGUUCCAUAUGCGGCAUUGCAUUACAUGACAUACGAACAGUAUCGGUGUUGGAUAUUGAAUAAUUAUGCUCCAUCAGUGGGUACAGGGCCUGUGGUUGAUCUAUUGGCUGGCUCGGCUGCAGGUGGGACUGCAGUUCUAUGUACUUACCCAUUAGACCUUGCUAGGACAAAGCUGGCAUAUCAGGUUUCAAAUGUGGGUCAACCUGGCAAUGUGUUGGGAAAUUCUGGUCGACAACCAACAUAUGGUGGUAUCAAGGAUGUUUUCAAAACUGUUUACAAGGAAGGAGGCGCACGAGCUCUAUACCGUGGAGUAGGUCCAACUCUGAUCGGUAUCCUACCAUAUGCUGGCCUAAAAUUCUAUAUAUAUGAAGACCUGAAAUCUCGAGUUCCAGAAGAUUACAAGAGAUCUGUUGUAUUGAAGCUUUCUUGUGGUGCUUUAGCUGGUCUUUUUGGGCAAACCCUCACUUAUCCACUGGAUGUUGUCCGAAGACAGAUGCAGGUUCAGAGUAAGCAACCUCAUAAUGCAAAUGGUGCCUUCCGUAUAAGAGGGACAUUUCAGGGCCUAGCACUCAUUAUUAGGUGCCAGGGGUGGAGGCAACUCUUCGCUGGCUUAAGUCUUAACUAUGUGAAGGUCGUCCCUUCGGUUGCUAUUGGUUUCACAACAUAUGACAUGAUGAAGAAUUUGCUGAGAGUGCCACCCCGAGAGAGACUUUACCAAUCAUCCGGUAACGCAUGAAACGUCUCACUGGACUAUUUGUGUCGUGACGGAUGAACUUAAUAAACUCCACUCGGUGGCAUUGUAUUUUUAACCGUAAAUUCUAUCGCUAUGUUGCAUUGGAUGGAUAUAAUUCAGUAAUUAACUGUUGCAUUUGUAAGAAUGAUGGUCAGCUGAGUUACUCUAGACUUGGAUAAGGUUGUGUAUAUUGGAUGUGCUGCCUGUAUGCUUCAAUUUGAUCAGAUAUUGAACCUAAGACUGCCCUACCUGAGUUGUACAUAUACUAGUACAGUAUUAACCGUAAUUAGAUAUUUCUUUUAUGUAUUUCUUCUACUUAUACAUAAAUCAUUGCUUGAAUGAUAUUUUGGAAGCAGAGCUCAUGAAAGAUGAAAAGGAGAACUCCA